UGUGCCGCCUGGUCUUGACCUCCUGCAGUUCCGGCGGACUCUUAAGGAUUCAACUCUCCGGCUGGAAAUGAGUCUCCCUGACGUUUCGCUGCGAAGGAGCCCCGUUCGCCAUGAACCCUCACUCGAUUGGCCCCCGACACCUGACGCCCUGAGGCCUUCACCUUUCCCACAUCCCGUGCUACAAGCCCUAUAUGGUUUAUCCCGCAAGCUGCUCUUCCCAGCCUACUGGUCUCUGGACCAACUGCUGGGCUGCUGGGCACCAAUGGCACGAUCCAGUAGUCUGGGGUGGCUCAAAGUCCUGGCAGGAAGUGGGGCGGCGUUGCUAUCGCUGAUGGUAGUCGGCCUACCCCUGGUGCUGUUUGGCCUUGUACUCUGGCUGCCCCUACAGGUCUGGCGCCGCCCCUUCUGCUACCAGCCCCCUCCAGCCUGCUGGGUUUGGCCACAGCCCUGGCACCCGCCUGCUGAGCGCGUGCGCUGCUUUGCCUUUUUCACUGCCAAUCUGUGCCUGCUCCCUGACGGGCUGGCACGCUUUAGCAACCUGUCGCACAGCCAACAGCGCGCGGAGGCCAUUGGUGCUGUACUGCUAGGUAGCCUUCGAACGUCACACUAUGGGGCUACUGGAUGCAGCCAGCCGCUGCCUGUGGUGCCUGGCGGUGAGCUGAGGGCCACAAUACCUACGGGUUUGGACUUCGUGUGCCUGCAGGAAGUGUUCGAUCUCCGCGCAGCUCAUCGUCUUGUGCGCGUCCUGGCGCCAAAUCUGGGCCCAGUCCUAUACGAUGUGGGCACAUUUGGCUUAGUGCCCGGGCCGUACUUCAAGAUACUGGGCAGUGGACUUCUACUGGCCUCGCGCUACCCGCUGCUGCGUGCCACCUUCCGGUGCUUUCCUAACGCUGGUCGCGAGGACGCCAUGGCCUCCAAAGGUCUACUUUCUGCCCAGGCACAACUGGGCAUCCUGGAUGGGCGCCGUAUCGUGGGAUACCUUCAUUGCACACACUUGCAGGCACCCGUUGAAGAUGGGCAUAUUCGCUGCAAACAGCUGUCACUGCUCCUGGAAUGGGUGGAGGAGUUUGAGGCCGAGAGCAGCCAGAGUGGCGAGGCUGUAGCCUUCAGCGUCCUCCUGGGAGACUUCAACUUCGACAACUGCUCACAAGAUCAUGCAAAGGAACAGGAGCACAAGCUCUUCAGCUGUUUCCAUGACCCCUGCCGGCUAGGCACCUGCCAGGAGCAGCCCUGGGCCUUGGGGACAAUUCUGAGCACUUCUAAGCUACACCACGCCAUUGCCAGCUCCCCAGAGAUGCUUCGGAGGGCCCUGAAGGAAGAAAAGGGGCGCCGCCUCUACCUGGCAGGACCCCCUAGUGGAAUUCACUCAGAUAAAUCCUGGCAGGGUCGGCGCCUGGACUAUAUCACCUACCGCGGAAUACCUGGGAGUCGCCUGAGUCCAGAAGUGGAGCAGGUGACUUUCAGUACUGCGCUGGCUGGGCUCACAGACCACUUAGCUGUGGGCCUGAAGCUUCAAGUUGUGUGCUCCUGACUCUGGCACACAAAGGGACGACGAGUGAGAAAGACCAUCAAUAUCUGUGCGACUGAAGGAUCUUUAUUGGGGGACACUCACACAGCUUCCUGGGCACGGCGGUACUCAUAUACACUGCCGCGCUCUGGAAAGGCUGGAAAGAGCGGAGGCGAACCCGGAGGUGGCGCUGGGUCCUCCGGGUCUCCGUAGCCUCCACCGCCGGGUGUGUGAAGGCAGAACACAUCCUGUAAAGAAGAGCAGGUUCAACACAGGUGUGGCCUUGUCCCGGUAAGAUCACAGAGGACACUACACAGCCACCCUAGCCAAAUUAAAAAUUUUGCAU